AUGUCAGUUGAAACAGUAUAUGGAUAUGGGUUUAGAUCAUUAAGAACAACGGAUGAAUCCCUUUAUGCUUCCACGGUGAAAUUUUAUAGGGGGCUAGGCUUCACAGUCGUUAAAAUAUAUGAUAAAUUCAAAAACCCAGAAGAUAGCAUAUUGUCACUAGGUACAAGUCACAGCUCUAGAAAGGAAACAUGGUUAGAAUCGUUUAAAUUGUCUGCUAUUGAUGCAGAUGGUUUUCGUGUUCCUCAGCAAGAGGCGUCUAAUAGCAAUCAGUCGGAUGGUGCGAUGGUUAAGAUUCGGUUAGUUCAGGAAGGUAUUAAAGGUAUGGAUGAUGCUGUGGAUAUUAAGUACUAUUCUGCUGAUUUUGAAAAGUUUGCUUGUGAUUUCCCAGAUCGUGAGCAGGUUUCAAAAAAUACGUUUAAGAUCAUUGAUCCGCUAGGAAAUAAUAUUUUCAUCACCAGCAUGCCUUACCUGUGUAACGAGAAGGAAGUUGAUGCUAAGUUCUUUACUGAAAACGUGCCGCAACCAUGGUAUGAGGACGAAGAAGAAGUCACGGGCGACGCAGAUGAUAUUUCAUUGUUGAAAAAAAGCCUGCAUUCGGCGGCAAAGGCAUCUGAGGGCAAACCUAAGAAGAAGAUUGCCGUGAUGACUUCCGGCGGUGAUUCUCCUGGUAUGAACGUGGCUGUUCGUGCGGUUGUGAGAGCUGGUAUAUACUACGGAUGUGAUGUUUACACUGUCUACGAAGGUUACGAGGGUUUGUUACGUGGUGGGGAUAUGUUGCAUAAAAUGGGCUGGGCUGAUGUCAGAGGCUGGUUGAGUGAGGGCGGUACUUUAAUUGGUACUGCGCGUUGCUUGGCGUUCAAGGAGCGUGUAGGAAUGAAGAAGGCUGCCGCCAAUUUGAUUGAAAAAGGGAUUGACGCCUUGAUUGUCUGCGGUGGUGAUGGUUCUUUGACCGGUGCUGACUUGUUUAGAUCGCUAUGGCCCGGUUUAGUUGAGGAGCUUGUUUCUGAGGGAAGAUUUACUCCAGCCCAAGUUGCGCAAUACAGGAGCUUGACCAUUGUUGGUUUGGUUGGGUCGAUUGACAACGAUAUGUCUGGUACUGACUCUACCAUUGGUGCAUACUCAGCUUUGGAGCGUAUCUGUGAGAUGGUCGACUACAUUCAUGCUACUGCAAAAUCGCAUUCUCGUGCCUUUAUUGUUGAGGUUAUGGGUAGACACUGUGGUUGGUUAGCUUUGAUGGCAGGUAUUGCAACUGCUGCAGACUAUAUUUUCAUUCCAGAAAGAGCUGCAGAGCCUGAUAAAUGGAGAGAAGACUUAAAGAGCGUCUGCAAGAGACACAAGAACAAGGGUCGCCGUAAUAUCACAGUUAUUGUUGCCGAAGGUGCUUUGGACAAGGACUUGAAGCCAAUUACCUCUGAGGAAGUUAAGGACACUUUGGUUGAAAUGGGACUUGACACUAGAAUUACUACCUUGGGCCACGUUCAAAGAGGUGGUACUGCCGUUGCGCACGACCGUUGGUUAGCUACCUUACAAGGUGUUGACGCCGUUAAGGCUGUGUUAGAGAUGACUCCAGACACUCCAUCACCUUUAAUCGGUAUCUUAGAGAACAAAAUCAUUAGAAUGCCUUUGAUGGAAUCAGUCAAACUAACCAAAGAAGUUGCUACGGCCAUUGAGGCAAAGGACUUUGACAAGGCUAUCUCACUACGUGAUACUGAAUUUAUAGAGCUUUAUGACAAUUUCAUCUCGACCACGAUCAAGGACGACGGUUCGGAAUUCGUCCCUGAAAACGAGAGAUUGAGAAUCGGCAUUGUACACGUUGGUGCUCCUUCUGCUGCCUUAAAUGCCGCUACACGUGCAGCAAGUUUGUACUGUUUAUCGCAUGGCCACAAACCUUUUGCUAUAAUGAACGGUUUUUCUGGCUUGAUCCAAGACGGUGUUGUCAAUGAACUUUCCUGGAUUGAUGUCGAAAACUGGCACAAUUUGGGUGGUUCCGAAAUUGGUACUAACCGUUCUGUCGCUGCUGAUGAUAUGGGUGCCGUUGCAUACCAUUUUCAAAAGAACCAAUUUGACGGUUUAAUCAUUGUAGGUGGGUUUGAGGGUUUCAAGUCUUUGAAGCAGUUGCACGAUGCUAGACCACAGUACCCAAUUUUCAACAUUCCAAUGACUUUGAUACCAGCUACUGUCUCAAACAAUGUUCCAGGAACAGAAUAUUCACUUGGUACUGACACUUGCUUGAACUCUUUGGUUAACUAUACCGAUGCCAUCAAGCAAUCCGCUUCCGCCACCAGAAGAAGAGUUUUUGUGGUCGAAGUUCAAGGUGGCCACUCUGGUUACGUUGCCUCCUUUACCGGUUUGGUUACCGGUGCGGUUUCUGUGUAUACUCCAGAACAGAAAAUCGACUUGGGAACCAUUAAGGAGGAUUUAGCCUUAUUGCAGGAGAACUUCCGUCACGACCAAGGUGAAAACCGUAACGGUAAAAUCUUGAUCAGAAAUGAACAGGCGUCUUCUAUCUACACGACUGAGCUAAUAGCUGAUAUAAUUUCGGAAUCCUCAAAGGGCAGAUUUGGCGUUAGAACUGCCAUCCCAGGUCAUGUCCAGCAGGGUGGUGUACCAUCUUCCAAGGACAGAGUUGCAGCCUCCAGGUUCGCUGUCAAAUGUGUCAAAUUCAUUGAGAGCUGGAACAACAAAAAUACUGGAGACCGCAGCAAGGAUGACAAGAUACUUAGAUUCAAAUACGUUAAUGGUGUCAAAAAUUACACAGUCGAAAACGAAUCCGCCUCAGCUGCCGUCAUCUGUGUUAAUGGAUCCACAGUUUCCUUCAAGCCAAUUAAAGACCUAUGGACUAGAGAAACUAAUGUAGAACUAAGAAAAGGUCAUGAAAUCCACUGGAAAGAAUUCAAUAGAAUUGGUGAUAUAUUGUCUGGCAGGUGUAACUUAAGAAAAGAGGUCUCUGCUAAGAAGCUAGACUCCGCCUAA